AUGGCCGUGCUUCGCUGCGGUCGUGCUCGCUUCGCUCGCGGCGACCGUAGCGAAGCGGCGGCCGUCGUUCCGCUCGACAUGCCCGGCUUCCUCCGCAUCGGCAAAAACUUUUUUCCGCGUAAGCCUUAUGUGAGGGGGUGUAUUUGUCUUUCAGGAUUUGGGGGGCAUUUUGUUCAAUAUUUAAUUAUAAAGCUUGGCGCAUAUAUGGCCUCGCGCCUAUUCGGCGGCGCCUUUUCGGUCGCGCCUUUUUGGCCCGCGCCUUUUCGGGCGUGUCCCAUUGUUCCCCGUUUACAUUUACAUAUUUCGUGUUUGUUAUUUGUUUUCGCUUUACGUUCGAUUUUAGAUUUUAAAAUUUGCUACAGACAGAAAAAUGAACGUUGAAAUUGAAUCAGCAAAAUUAAAGAUCUCUCAACUGGAAACAAAGAUAACCCAAGUGGAGGCUAGUAUAGCUGAGUGCAUGCAACAGUAUGCGAGUUCUUCAGGCAUU